AUGCAGCGCGCCAUUGGAGACAUGUCUCUGCUGCAAAAGAUUGAUGCUGAUGCCCGCGGCUAUUGGAAGCUCUUUUCCAAAGGUAUCAUUACGUCCAAGUUUUGGAACUCGGUUUUGGCAGCUGAGCGAGAACUGUCGCGAGAAAUCGAGGCUCUCAAGCUCGAGGCAUUGGCCAUAGAGCCGUUGCAGGACCCACAGGGCAUCGUGUCCGAGGCCAUGCAGCUUGUCGUCAGAUACGGUGACAAGAUCUGGGAAAAGUUUCCAGAGCCACCAGAGAAUCCUGGAGGCGCUGCUAUGGCAGCAGCAGCCAAGGCGGUGGCUGCGGCUGGAGGGCUGCCCAGACCUGGAGCACCACCUGGAGUACCUCCCUUCCCCCCUCCAGGGCCACCGCCUCCGCAGCAGGGUGGGUCGACCGAUGCCUACAAAUGGCGGCAGGACACGGAAGAGGUUGAGGUUUCUGUCCAUGUGCCUGGCGAUGCGGCCAAGACAGACAUCAAGGUUCACUUCCAGCCAAAGUCUCUCAAAGUCUUGCAUUGCGGAAAGACACUCGUUGAGGGAGCGCUUGCCGCACCGUGCUGCCCAGAAGGUUGCACCUGGACCUUGAGCAAAGGUGCGCUGAUAGUGACCUUGGAAAAGGCCAAUCCGAAGCCUUGGCCUGGUCUGUUUGCACAGGCAAAGACCUGA